AUGUCCCUCUCCCCGUCUUCUCGACAUCCCCUACCCCUCCUCUCGACGUCCCUCUACCCGUCCUCUCGACAUCCCCUACCCGUCCUCUCGACGUCCCUCUACCCGUCCUCUCGACAUCCCCUACCCUUCUUCUCAAUGUCCCUCUCCCCGUCUUCUCGACAUCCCCUACCCGUCCUCUCGACGUCCCUCUACCCGUCCUCUCGACAUCCCCUACCCUUCUUCUCGAUGUACCUCUCCACGUCUUCUCUACAUCCACCUACCCGUCCUCUCUUCAUCCCUCUACCCCCCGUCCUCUCGACAUCCCCUACCCGUCCUCUCGACAUUCCUCUCCCCGUCCUCUCGACAUCCCACCUCAACGUCACGCUACUUGUCUUCUCGACAUCACGCCAGCUGUCUCCUCAAACCCACGAUACCUGUCAUCUCGACAUCACGCCACCUCUCUCCUCAACUCCACGAUACCUGUCUUCUCAAUGUCACUCUCCAUGUCCCCUCAACCCCACGCUACUUGUCUCCUCAACGUCACACUCCAUGUCUCCUCAACGUCACACUCGAUGUCUCCUCAAUCCCACGCUACUUGUCUCCUCAACGUCACUCUCCAUGUCCCCUCAACCCCACGCUACUUGUCUCCUCAACGCCACACUCCAUGUAUCCUCAACGCCACACUCCAUGUCUCCUCAACGUCACACUCGAUGUCUCCUCAAUCCCACGCUACUUGUCUCCUCAACGUCACUCUCCAUGUCCCCUCAACCCCACGCUAAUUGUCUCUUCAACGUCACUCUCCAUGUCCCCUCAACCCCACGCUACUUGUCCCCUCAACGUCACGCUACUUGUCUCCUCAACCCCACGCUACUUGUCUCCUCAACGUCACGCUACUUCUCUCCUCAACCCCACGCUACUUGUCUCCUCAACCCCACGCUACUUGUCUCCUCAACGUCACGCUACUUGUCUCCUCAACGUCACUCUCCAUGUCUCCUCAACGCCACACUCCAUGCAUCCUCAACUCCACGAUACCUGUCUCCUCAACCACAGGCUACUUGUCUCCUCAACGUCACUCUCCAUGUCCCCUCAACCCCACGCUACUUGUCUCCUCAACGUCACUCUCCAUGUCCCCUCAACCCCAAGCUACUUGUCUCCUCGACGUCACGCUACUUGUCUCCUCAACGUCACUCUCCAUGUCUCCUCAACGCCACACUCCAUGCAUCCUCAACUCCACGAUACCUGUCUCCUCAACCACAGGCUACUUAUCUCCACAACGCCACACUACUUGUCUCCUCAACGUCACUCUCCAUGUCUCCUCAACGUCACACUUGA